AUGGUCAGUCAAAAUCUCGCGCAGGUUCUUAGUUCAGCCAGUCGUAUAGUAAAUGUCGCAGUGCGCAGUGAUAUUUUUUUUUGUAAUGCGCACAACCUCGUGAUUACUUACGCUUUUUGACUCAAUUAUAUCUAUCAUAAUGUCUUCGAAGGAGAAGCCAGUCGCUGAAAACUUCAAAUCUACUGCUGACUUAACAAGCAAUUUAGGAUUCCAGUCGUCUCUCAGCAUCGAGUCAAAAGAUGCUUGUGAGGAGAAGGCUUACAAUCCAUUUGAGCAUAGACAAGUGGAACAUCCUACUACUACAUUUGGUGCCAUAGCUCAUAUCUUGAAAGCAUGCAUAGGGACAGGAGUUUUGGCUAUGCCUGCGGCAUUCAAGAACUCAGGGCUCGUCGCAGGUGUUAUAGGAACAUUAUUCGCUGGACUGGUCUGCACACAUACAGUACAGCUUGUGGUUUCAAUAUCGCAAAAGGUUUGCGCCGAAGCUAAAAAGCCUUCUAUGAGUUUUGCGGAGACUUGCGGCGCGGCGUUCGAAUUUGGACCUAAAAAACUUCGCCCGUGGAGCUCCUUUGUUAAGACAUUGAUUGAUUACUCUAUAGCGGUUACCUACAUUAGUGUUUUAUGCGUCUAUGUGGUUUUCAUGGGUUCAUCGUUGAAGGAGGUCGUUGACUUCUACUUUCCAUCUGUAACUAUUUCUAUUCAGAUGUACUGUGUUUUAACGUUAGUACCUUUAGCAUUGCUGUGUCAGAUACGGAAUCUGAAGUACUUGGUACCCUUCUCAACGAUAGCUAACAUCUUAUUGUUAGUUGUAUUUGGUAUCACACUCUACUUCGUCUUCUUAGACAUACCACCGAUCACAGAUAGAGAAAUGAUAGCUAGCAUUACCACCUGGCCCCUGUUUAUGAGUACCGUAAUCUUCGCUAUGGAGGGUAUCGGUGUGGUAAUGCCAGUUGAGAAUGAGAUGAAAAAUCCUCAGCGAUUCUUGGGAUGUCCUGGAGUAUGGAACACAUCUAUGGUUAUCGUAAUAAGUCUAUUUGGAAUUGUUGGUUUCUUUGGUUACGUCCAAUAUGGUGAUGCAGCUAAAGGCAGUGUUACCCUGAACUUGCCCGAGGAUCAUGUGAUUGCUCAAGCCACAAAAGUGCUAAUGGCGGUGGUAAUAUUCUUCUCAUUCGCUCUACAAUUCUACGUGCCAAUGGAGUUCAUAAAUAGAUUACUGAAGAGCCGACAAUCCAAUAGAUUUGAUAAUUUUAUUCAGAUUAGUAUUAGAACGGUCAUCGUGACUACAGUUGUUGCAAUCGCCGCCGCGUUCCCUAAUUUGGAACUUGUGAUCAGCUUCGUUGGAGCUAUCUUCUUUUCAUCACUCGGUCUCCUUAUUCCAGCUUCCAUCGACAUUGUUUACAACUGGGAUCGUGGUUUUGGUUUCCUUAAAUAUAGGCUGAUCAAAAACAUUCUUAUUUGUAUCAUCUCCAUAGUGGCCUUGAUUUCCGGAGCUUAUGUGUCCGUUGUAGGAAUGAUUGAAGAUUUUUCUAAGGAACCGGAACAUGUUAAUAGCACUUUUGUUUAAUUGCCAUAAUAACUAGACCAUAAUGUAGUUAAAUAAUGAAGAAAGUACACAAACUGACGAUAAUUUAUUGUUGUGAUAUUUUUACGUAAGUUAACAAACAAAGUUAAUGAAUUUACUAUUUAAACUAUUUUGUAUUAUUGAUGAAGUCAGUCGCCGUCAAUCCCGACUAGCACAUUUCUAUGGUUUUGACAUUACCAUUAUAAAUAUUUAUUUAAUACUAAUAAACUUAAUGAUUUAUUUGAUAUACAAUAUAUGGUAAAAAUUCUACUCAUUGGUGAUUGAGUUACUUAGAGUAUAGUAAUUAUUAAAUACACGUAUAUGUAUUAUUCAGCAAAACAUGACAUAUACCUAUAAUAAAAAUAGCUACCGAUUUACUCAAAAGC